GUCUCCAUUGUGUCCUUCUCCUUAAAAUCAUUUCCUCCAUUGUGUAAGAACAUGGCCAGAGGACAAGCUCCUCCUGAGGACAGCAGAUGUUCAGUUUGUUUGGGAUGUUUAAACAACCCUGUGGUGUUAAGAUGUAAUCACAGGCUGUGCUGGAGCUGUGUACAAAGUUACUGGGAGAGGACACGCGCGCUGAAAUGUCCUGUCUGUUUGGAAGAGACGUUGUGUAGGGUGACUUUGCAAAAUGUCAGGGCUGAGAUGUCAGGAUCAAAGAGUGGAAAUGUUUUUAUGGAGAAAACAGGAGAUAAAACGAAGCCGUCCAGAAGAUUCAGGUUAAAGGAAGAAGAACAGAAUGCCGAAGUUAAGAAGAAAAAGCUUUCCUCUCAAUCCAGAUCUACUGCAAGAAAGUAUCCUGACGACGUCCUGAACCCAAGCUUGGAUUCAGCGGAUCUUGAGGCCCACACUCCUUCAAAUGCCCCAUCAUCUUUCCUGGCCUUGAGAUCCAAUCUGUGUUCUGAAUGUGGCAAAAGUUUUAAAAGCAAAACAGCCCUGAAAACCCACCAGAAAUCCCAUAAUGUGCAGCGGCCAUACGAGUGCUCCACCUGUGGAAAGCAAUAUAGCCGCAAGGGUGAACUUCAUUUACAUCAGCGGCUACAUACAAAUGAGGGGUUACACCAUUGUGCCUACUGCGACAAGAAAUUCAUGACAAAGAAAACUUUGAUAUCCCAUGAAAGAAGCCACACCGGAGAGAAGCCUUUCUCCUGUUCUUUGUGUGGGAAGUGCUUCAGUCAUAAAAACUCACUAGUUAUGCAUAUAAAGCGACACAAGGAGAUCAAGCUUCACCAGUGCGACCAGUGUGGAAUGUCUUUCUAUACGGCAGCGUCCUUGAGGUUACACAAGGCAAAGCACACAGGAGAAAAGCCCUUUGCUUGUCAUCAGUGCGAUAAGAGAUUUUUUCAGAAAUCUGAACUGGAAAACCAUGUGCGUGUGCAUUCAGGAGAGACUCCAUAUAGUUGCUCAGUGUGCGGGAAGGCUUUCAGGUCGAGCCAGGUCCUUAACACCCACAAAAUAAUUCAUCAGGAAGAACGUCCGUUUAAGUGCCCAGACUGUGGCAUGAGUUUUAAACGAGUCCACCACCUACAGGCCCACGGGUUGACCCACUCGGGUGACUUGCCAUUCAAAUGCAGUCAUUGCGGCAAAGCUGUUAAGUCUCGGUAUUCACUUAAGAUUCAUGUACGCAUUCAUACAGGAGAAAGGCCGUACAGCUGUGACCACUGUGAAAAGCGUUUUGUCUCAUCAGGCGACCUAAGCGUCCAUCGACGAGUCCACUCAGAAGAAAAGGAUUACAAGUGUUCUGAGUGUGGGAAGAGUUUUCGACACUUGUCUACCUUGAAACUUCACCACCAGCGAAAACAUACUCAGGAGAAGCCAUACCAUUGCCGGGAGUGUGGUAAAAGCUUUUCUGAUUCCUCCUCUCUUAGAGUCCAUGAAGAAAUACACAAAAACCAGCGACGUUACCGGUGCACAGUGUGUGGCCAGGGAUUUAAUAGCCCCACAACUCUAAAAUCCCACCAAAUAACCCAUUCAACCAAAACAGAGUACCCCUGCGACGAUUGCGGCAAGAUUUUCACCCGCAAAGAUACCUUAAGAAUUCACAAACAGCUCCAUACAGGGGCCAAAGUCAACAACUGCUCGGAGUGUGGAAAAAGCUACAGCUCCUACAGCUGUUUACUUGUACACAUGCAGAGCCACAAAGAAACAAGAAAGUAUUACUGCGGCGAGUGUGAGAAGUGUUUCAAGAGUGCGGCAUACCUGAGGAAGCACCAGAAAGUCGUGCAUGCUGGAGAGAGUCCAUAUGUCUGUGCAAAAUAAAAGGCUGUUGCUAGCUGAGAUACUUGAGAGGUCCUCACAGAAUGGGAUGAAAGUAUCGCUUGAACACUACUCAUGACGAAUGACAAAUUUUUUCCAGUAUUUUCCCUGCUGGAGUUUUGCUGGAGUUAUUCUUUCCAUUGUCAGUUAAUCCAGAUUGUUAAUUAUAAGAUUCAGGUAUUUCUGUUAAGUAACUGUUAGUCUUAACAAACUGUUUUUAUUUCAAUAUCUCAUUGCCAAAUAUGUAUUUUCAGGUAAUGCAAUACUAUUGAGUAUUAAAUCUUUUAUGCAAUUUUUUAUGUCUGAUGCAAUUAAUUGGUCAGUUUUUGGUUUAGAAUCAUUUUACAUUAAAUAAUUUAGGCUUUUUUAAAAUGUUGUUUGCAAAAGUCAAAUGGUCUGAAAUUUUAUGAAUUUAUU